AUGAAGAAUUCUUGGCUUUGGCUGGCGACCCUCGCCGUACCGGCGCUGGGGAAGCUGAAUCUCGUUCAGCGGGAUGUUCCAUCGGUGGUUGAUAUGGGUAUUCAGCGGAAAGACGUUUCGGAUCCUGUGGCUCGAGACAGAGUGCGACGGAUGAAGCGGAGUUCAACGGUUUCCCAGGCUCUAGACAAUGAGGAAACUCUCUACUUCUCGAAUGUCACUUUGGGAACACCGGCACAGAGCUUGCGCUUGGUCCUAGACACUGGUAGUAGUGAUCUCUGGGCAAACGCACCCAAUUCGACCCUCUGUGAAAAGAAGAGCAACCCCUGCAACGUAUCCGGCACCUACGACUCCAGCUCGUCCUCGACUUACGCCUUUGUGAACUCCGACUUCAACAUCACUUAUGCAGAUGGCUCCGGUGCGUCGGGCGACUAUGUCAGCGAUACCCUUGCAAUUGGCUCGGCGACAUUGAAGGAUUUCCAGUUUGGCAUUGGCUUCACGUCAAGCUCCUCCGAGGGUGUUUUGGGAAUUGGAUACCCAUCGAACGAAGUUCAAGUUGGUGUGAGUGGGGAGAGUGCCUACGCCAACCUCCCCAAGGCCAUGGUCAAUAAAGGACUCAUCAAGUCCAGCGCUUAUAGUUUGUGGUUGAACGACCUGGAUGCUAGCACUGGCUCUAUUUUGUUCGGUGGUGUGAACACUAAGAAGUACCACGGCACUUUGGAGACUCUCCCAAUCCAGAAGGUCGGAGGCGGCUACUCCCAGUUUAUCAUCGCCCUGACUGCCGUGGCUCUCACCAACUCAUCCGGUACCACCAACUACUCAUCCAGUACACUGCCAGCCGCGGCUCUGCUCGACUCGGGCAGCUCCUUGACUUACUUGCCGGACGAGCUUGUCGAAGAUAUCUUCAAUGAUCUGGACGUCACCUACGAUUCCUCCAGCGGCGUUGGAUAUCUGCCCUGCACUCAGAGCUCAAGAAACGUCAACAUCUCCUUCACUUUCUCGUCACCCACCAUCAACGUAGCCAUGAGCGAGCUCCUCCUUGACAUUGGCGACUACUUCUUCAACGACGGCGAGCGCGCCUGCGCCUUUGGCAUCGUCCCCGCUGGUGACAGCAUCCCCGUCCUGGGCGACACAUUCCUGCGCAGCGCCUACGUGGUGUACGACCUCGCCAACAAUGAGAUCUCCCUCGCCAACACCAACUUCAACUCGACGGAGAACAACGUUCUUGAAAUCACGACCGGCUCCGACUCAGUUCCCGGCGCUACAGCCGUCGCUAACCCCGUGACGACCGUGGCUGCUGUAGGCACUGGGGCUCGCAUUGGCGGCCCCAAUGGAGGCACUGGUAUCUUCUCAUCCGCAGAAGCGACGAAGAAUGCCGCCAUGCCCCGGCAAACGAGCAUGCCCAAGCAACUGGCUCUCGGUUUGGCCGGAGCCGGAGCUUUGUUGGCGCUUUAA